AUGGGGGAGAAAAGAAUUGACAAAUAUCUAUUCAAUCCUAAGGAUAUCAUAGGAGAGGGUUCAUAUGCCUAAGUGUACAGAGGAAGAGAUGAAAAGACAGGAGUAAAGGUGGCUAUAAAAGUGUUAAACAAAUCUGUGAUAAAUGCAGAUGAUUAUUUAAGAGAGGGUUUGAUCUCAGAGAUAAAAGUGAUGCAAAAACUGAAGAGUCCAAACAUAGUAUCAUUAAUGGAUGUGAUGGAAACCAAUAACAAUUAUUAUAUAAUUCAGGAAUAUUGUGAUAGUGGAGAUCUAGAUAAAUUGAUUGAAAAGUAUAAAACAAUGCCUGAGAAGGAUGCAGUCAAAUUUAUGAUUGACAUUUUGAAUGGAUUCAUAUAACUAAUUAAAAAUGGAAUCAUUCAUAGAGAUUUGAAACCAGCCAACAUAUUAAUAGAUAAAGGAACCUUCAAAUUAGCAGAUUUUGGAUUUGCAAAAUGUGUCGACAAUUUUAAAAAGGAUAUGCUAGCAUCAUUAGUAGGAACACCACUCUAUAUGUCACCAUAAAUCUUGGAUAAUAAAAAGUACACUUCCAAGACUGAUAUUUGGAGUAUAGCUUUCAUCUUUUAUGAAGCACUCUACGGAAAAACUCCUUGGACUGCUAGAUCCCCUUAAGAACUUCUAAAAAAUAUUAGAAGUCAGCCUUUGUCAUUCAAAGGACCUUAAAUCUCUAAGGAAGCCUAGGAAUUUUUAACAGGAUGCUUGUAAGCAGAGGAAAAAGAUAGAUUGUCUUGGGAUGAGAUCUAUCGACAUCCUUUAUUUAAAGGACACUUUACAGAUUUCAUUAAAAAUGUCAGCAUUUUGGAAGAUAAAGCUACCUAUUUGAUCAAUGAUAUAAGACAGAUGAUUAUUAAAGAAUAGAUUGAUAUUGGAGAACUAUUUGCAGAACUAGAUAUGACCAAGGAUAAAGCAUUAAAUGUCAAUGAGUUAGGGAAGUUCUUAUAGAGAGUAGAUAAAAAUCUGACUAGAGAGGAGAUUGAGUAUAUUUUCAAUAAAUUUGAUGAUGAUGGAAAUAAUCUAAUAGAGUUUAAUGAAUUCAAAAAAUGGUUGGAAGAAAAUGAUUGCAGAAUGACUGCAUCUGAAGUCAGCAGGACUAAAAAGAAGGUCAGUAUUCUUAUGAAACCACAAUAAGAUAUAUAAGCAGGGUCACUUGAUGAUAGAGUAAGAUCAGUAAUUGAAAAACUCAAGAUAUCUAUUGUCAAAUACAAUAUUAAUCUUUUAGAUUUGUUUAACAAGUAUGAUAAAUCAGCUAAUCAUGAACUAGAUGCGUCAGAAUUAGGCAAACUAUUAAAGAAAAUUGAUCAAACUGUGACAGAUGAAGAAGCUAAAGCCAUCUUUACCUUUUUUGAUCACAAUAAAGAUGGAUCUGUUUCAUUUAAUGAAUUCGAGUUUGUAUUGAAAGAAUGCUUAGUUAAAUAAAAAAUCAAGUAAUGA